CCCCAUAUUGUCAAGAACACAUUUAAUCCCACAUUAUUUACUUCCCCCAUCUACCUAGUCCUUUUUUUUUUUUUUUUGCCUUGUUUUCAUAUAAAAAUAACAAAUGAUAAAUAAAGUGAUAUCAUAUCACAUAAAUUAAUUGUUCCAAGUCCAAAAAUCAGAGCUCACCAACAUUCCCACAACUUGUUCUCCCCCAAAAUGCAGGAGAAACAAAUCAAUCUCAUGGCCUUCCAAGUCCACUCCUUCCUGCUCUUUUUCUUGAUCCCAUCUCUCAACCAUGUUGCUGCCACUGGAACCGGGGCCAGCUCUGUCGACUACCUCAAUGGAGAGACGCCGAAUCCAUUCACCCCGAAAGCAUAUGUAAUCCGCUACUGGAACAAAAGGAUCACCAGUAACCUCCCACAACCCCCUCCAUUCCUCUUAUCGAAGGCAUCCCCGAUGAACAUGGUUGAUGCAGCAGCUUUCACGGAGCUGGCAGCCCAGGGGGCCAUCUCCAGCCACCUCCCUGCAUUCUGCGCUGCUGCACGCCUCCUCUGCUUCCCCGAGCUGUCCCCUAGCCUUGACAAGCAUGACAAGGACUCCAACUUCACCACGUACAUCCAGAGAAAUUUCACCAAUUAUGGGACGGGAAAGCUCGGUGGGAUGGACUCGUUCAGUGGCUACGCCGAUGGGGCUAACAUGCCGACAAAUCUGUUUGGGCAGUACAGCCACAACUCGGCGACGCACCUUGAUAGAUUCGAGAACUAUGGCCACGAUGGCAAUGUGGCAGACCAAGGAUUCAACGGGUAUGGAGCCAGUUCAACUGGAGGGAGAGGCGAGUUCCAGAACUACAACGAGGAGGUGAAUGUGCCCAAUCUCAAGUUCAACAACUAUGGAUCCGAUGGGAAUGGAAGGGCACAUACCUUCUCUUCCUACACCAGGCUUGACAAUUCCGGGGACGAGAAAUUCACAAGCUACGGGAGGAACGGGAAUGGAGGCCCUGAUGAAUUUAAUUCCUAUGGUAAUGACUCCAAUGCAAUCCGUUCCAGUUUCACUGGCUACAGUGAGCGGGCUAAUGGGCCUAAUGACACAUUCACUAACUAUGGGAUCAAUGGUAACAUGCCGGAAAACGAUUUCAAGCGAUACAGCAAGGGGGGGAAUGCGGGUGGUGAAAAAUUCUCAAACUACAGGGAGCAUGCCAACGUGGGUGAUGAUCUUUUUACUUCGUAUGGGAAGGAUUCAAUCGCGGGCAAGGUCAAUUUCAUGAACUACGGGAAGUCAUUCAACGGGGGAACUGAUACAUUCACCCGGUAUGGUCACGGUUCCCGGGAGCAGGAAGUCGGUUUCGAGGUCUAUGGGAUGAACAGCACCUUCAAGGAAUACAGCAGGAAAGUGGCCGUCACCUUCGCAAGUUACACCAACAAAACAGUUGCCUCCACAACGGCAACGAGGGAUAAGGUGAUUAAUAGGUGGGUGGAGCCUGGCAAGUUCUUCCGAGAGUCGAUGCUGAAGAAAGGAACCAUUAUGCCGAUGCCAGACAUUAGGGAUAAAAUGCCCAGAAGGUCAUUUUUGCCUCAAAGCAUCUCCUCAAAGCUACCAUUUUCUUCCUCCAAGCAGGCCGAGUUAAAGCAGAUGUUUCAUGCCGGUGAUGACUCAUCCAUAGAGUCGAUGAUCUCAAGUACCUUGAAUGAGUGUGAGAGAUCCCCAAGCAGGGACGAGACCAAGCGCUGUGUUGGCUCCAUCGAGGACAUGGUCGACUUUGCCAGCUCGGUCCUGGGCCGGAACAUUACUGUCCGAUCAACGGAGAGUGUGAAUGGGUCAAACCAGGACAUCCUGAUCGGCUUGGUUACAGGUAUAGACCGUGGCAAGGUCACGAAAUCCGUAUCUUGCCAUCAGAGCCUAUACCCUUAUUUGCUCUACUAUUGCCACUCGGUACCGAAGGUCCGGGUCUACGAGGCGGAUAUAAUGGACCCCAAAACAGAGGUCCGGAUCAACCACGGAGUUGCCAUCUGCCACCUUGACACAUCAGCCUGGAGUGACACUCAUGGGGCUUUCUUGGCACUUGGGUCAGGCCCGGGUCGCAUUGAGGUGUGCCACUGGAUAUUUGAGAACGACAUGACAUGGACCACGGCUAGUUAAUCAGAUGACUCGUUCAUUAGAACAGUCAGCAUUUUGGUGAUUAGGAGGGCCUGCUAGAGAGCCACGACAGGGAAAAUCCUUUUAGGGUUCAAGGAGAUGAUAUGCUUCAGUUGUUCGGGACCAUUCAGUGAAUUUAGAACUCUUGCGGGACAAAUUGAAAGCUUGUGACAAUAUAAUUUCGGCUUCUAACA